CGUGAGAGGAUCUUUUCCGUCCUCUCCGUGUUUUGCACCCUGCUCCUUUUCCUGCCGCUGGCACGGUUCCUCGCCGACCCUGAGAUCACCAUGGAGGUGCGUGCCCGUCAUUGAUUCGUGAAUCCUAUCGCGCAGGAGAUAUCCCGAGUAUUUCCGAGUGGUGUCUUAGAGUGCGCCUCUCCGCAUCGUGUCCACGGACAUACGUAGAGCGUUCCGCGCGCGUCGCUCUCGUGCGGCCCGUCGGAGGACUCGCCGGCGCGGAUCAACAAGUGUCCUGGGAGUGGCCGGCGCGUUUCUCCGCGACGCCGGGGAGCCGGGGCGCGGGCAUGCGAGCGGCGGGAUUCUAACCUCGAAAUCGCCCGGACCCCGCGACGCCACGAGCCUCGUUGGCGCACCGCCGCCCAUGUGAGUCGCGGCCUUGGACACCCGGAGGAUCGCCGAGCCGCGUCGAGCCCGCUUCAAGAUGGACGUCGUCUACAUUGAUGAGCGGGAGGACGUGCAGAAGAAGACUUUCGCCAAGUGGAUCAAUUCGCAGCUCUUAAAGAAUCAUCACGAGCCAGUAGCGGAUCUCUUUGUCGACCUGAGAGAUGGGAACCGCUUGCUCUCCCUCCUGGAAGUUCUUACAUCAAAAGCAUAUAAAAGAGAGCGCGGUCGCAUGCGAGUCCAUCACCUGAACAACGUGAACAAGGCCCUGCAGAUUCUCGAACAGAACAACGUGAAGCUCGUUAACAUUAGCAGCAACGACAUUGUGGAUGGAAAUCCAAAAUUGACCCUGGGUCUGGUAUGGAGCAUCAUUCUCCACUGGCAGGUUCACUACCACCUGAAGGACCUUAUGACGGAAUUGCAGCAGACCAAUUUGGAGAAGACGCUGCUUGCCUGGUGUCGUCGAAAUACCCAGAAUUAUUCGGGAGUUGACAUAAAAAAUUUUACGACCUCAUGGUCGGACGGACUGGCCUUCAAUGCGCUCCUUCACAGAUGGAGGCCACAUCUCUUCGAUUUUAGCAAUCUUGCUCGGAAACAUCCUAAUGCGAGAUUGGAUCAUGUGUUUCGUCUCGCUCAGGAACAUCUCGGGAUCGAACGUCUUCUGGAUCCAGAAGAUGUCAAUACGUCAGUGCCGGACAAAAAGUCGAUAAUGAUGUACGUCAUGUGCCUCUUUCAAUCGUUACCUCACACCGGCGACGACGUAGGCGACGUUGAUACUUCUCUCGCAAGUGAUUCGAGUACAGUGACGUCUCCAUUACCCGAGAGUUCGUUGUCAUUCGCUAACUUUGGAACUCCAGCAUCAAGACCGAUGAGUCUUGCAACAAAUGUCUCGGUGGAACUCGGGGGCUACCAAGUCGCUUUGGAGGACGUUUUAACAUGGCUCCUGGAGGCCGAGGAUAAAUUGAAUCACGCCCCGGAACCAGGGUCCACGCUAGAUAUAUUGAAGCAACAGUUUCACGAACACGAAACUUUUUUAAUGGAAUUAUCGGGCCAUCAAGAUGGGGUCGGUGCCGUUCUUGAAGAAGGCGCGAGGUUGUUGGCAGAAGGAGGCUUGCAGAAGGACGAGGAACACGAGGUCCGCGUACAGAUGUCGCUUUUGAAUUCACGUUGGGAGGGCCUUAGGAUGCGCGCCAUGGAAAGGCAGUCCAGAAUUCACGAGGUGUUGAUGGAAAUGCAACAAGGCCAGCUCGAUGCAUUGAGGCAGUGGCUGACAAAAACGGAAGACAGAAUCUCUCACAUGGCGGCUACCGAGCUCAGCCCAUCGACUCAAGGAGAACAGAUUAAACAAUUGGACGAGCUAGAAAAGGACAUUCACCAACAGCAGAAUGUAGUCGAUGGAUUGAGAAAUAUGGUGGUCGUCGUAGACGAAGAGAACUCCGAAGCGGUAUAUUCUCAGAUGGAGGAUCAAUUGUCCGCUCUCGGUGAACGUUGGAGCCACAUUUGUCAAUGGAAGGAAGAAAGGAGGCAACGUCUUCAGAUGCAGUCCUCCGUGUGGAAAGAUGUGAUCGACGACUACAAAAAACUGGUGAUGUGGCUUAACGAAACGGAAAUCACUCUCAAACAAAUGGAAGCGAAUCCUGCUUCCGAAAUCGGGGAAGUUCUGGAGAGGAUUAAGAAGUUGCAAAUUUUAAGGCUGGACAUGGAAACCAAACAAAAUAAAAUCAUAUCACUUCAGAAGAGUAUACAAGAUUUAGACAACGAGGGCUACUCUUCGGAGUGCACAAAUAUCCUGGAAAAGCUGGAGAACCUUCAGGAUCAGUUGGAUGCUAUCGGGCAGAUCAUGGAAGUACAAACUCAGAGGAUCUCAAGUUCUGGAUUCGAGUUCGACUUGAAGUCUGCAACCGAAACAACCGUACACACUGGCAAUGAAUGGAUGACGGAAACGGUCACUAGCAUAGCAUAUAAGGAGGAAAUUUCAGCUCUGGCUUCAUCGCACAGUGAUUCCAAGAAACGACGCAUAUGUAGCAAUACCAGGCAAGAAUUUGAGUCGGCAAUACUUAAUUUAUAUAAAUGGCUCGAUUACGUUGACUUAGAGAUAGGCCGAUCGGAUGGAGUAUUCGAUGAGUUAAGCGUCGAAGAAAAGAAAGUUGUUUAUGACGAUAAUUUGGCCGAUUUCGAAGCGCACAGAGAUGAGUACGAAAAGGUCGUUAAAAUGGGAAUAUCUCUCAUCGCCGAGCUGAAACAAGCCAAGGAACCAACUUCUGAGGAAGAACAGAAACUUGAAGAAAUCAAGAAUUGCUGGCUGGCAACGAACAAUCGCCUCGCAGAAAUUAAAGAAAGACUUGAUUUUCUGAUAGACGUAAAGCAGUUUAGAACUGACUUAUCCAGUUUACAUCUAAUGCUCGAUGGAUACCUAAAGUGGUUUGACGGAAAUCAGUCUAAUAAUCAAAUAGAGCCUUUCAGGGUUAAAAUGAAGUCUAUGAAAUCUCACGAGGAUCGUAUUAGAAAAUUAUCGGAGAAAGCCAAACAGUUGACUGAACAUCCACUAGCUGGCGAAGAAGCUCGAAAUAUCGAUGCUAGCAUUACGACGUUAUUUUCUAACUGGGAAAAUCUCCAUAAAAAGUUGUCGGAUCGCCUAACCGAAUUAUGUAACGCUGCCGAGAAAACACCGCCAAAGAAAUACAGCGAAACGGUUGCAAAGCUCCUAUCCUUCAUAAACAAUGUAGAAGGUGUCUUACUUUCCGAACAUGCGGUCAUGUCCGAUGAGAAAACUAUGCAGGAACAAGUGAAGAAAUUUAAAGACCUUCAGGAUGCUUUGAAGGAGCAUCAACAUGAUUUCAACUAUGUGAACGUUACCGGCCAAGACUUGAUAGAAAAGAUGGGCGAUGAUCCGCAAGGUCUAAGACUUAAGGAAGAGUUGCAGGAUUUAAAUACGAAAUGGAGCGACAUUCCGAUUAUACUAGACGAGAGGCAACAAAAGCUGUCCAAUGAUAUUGAUUCAUUGAACACAUUUAACUCCGAGCUGAGCAAUCUCGAGGAAUGGAUGGGAAGAACGGCGAGAUGUCUCGAAGAGAUAUCGGAAGACGCUCUAGUCAAUGACGUUGAAACAACCGAACUGAAACUACAUCAAAUCAAAACCUUGAGUUCGGAGAUCGAGAAAACUAAACCACGAAUAGAAAGCUUGCAGACGUCGACCAAUACCUUACUCGAAAACUCAGAGCCCAACUUUGCGAGUAUUCUGAACGGCAAAUUGGAAACCAUCUCACACAAAUGGCACGCCAUCGUCGAUGGGACAAAAUCUCAAAGCGAUAAGUUUGAAAGCGCUCUGAAGAAAAAUGACGAAAUCAUUAAUGGAAUCGACGAUUUUACAAAGUGGUUGGCGGUUUUGGAAAAGGAAAUACCGGUCGAGAUUAAGAUAACGUCGUCCGUCGAGCUCUUUCAAGUUCGGGGUCGUUACCAGAUAUUGAAAGAUAAGGUCGAUAAGCGAGUUGAGGAGUUUCGAAACCUCAAUGAAAUGGGAAGUGACAAGUUAUUGAGCUCCGAGGGAUCGUCCGUUCAGGAGCUUGGAAGACGUUUUACGUAUUUGAACGCACGAUGGACCGACGUUACGGAUCGCAUUUAUGAACGAUAUAGGCAACUUCAAAAUGCCAGUCACGAGUAUGGAGAAUUUCGGGCCUUAGUUGCUCAAGAAAGCGACUGGCUGGAUAAAUUGGACAAACGUUUGAAAAAGUCGACAAUGCGUGCAGCCGAUGCGGAAGAGAUUUCGGAGGAACUCGAUGAUUUGGAAAAUUACAUCCGAAAUCACCCAGAGCCCCGAUUUUCGAAGAUUCAGGAAAUCGGUAAGCAGCUCGUCGAUAGCGACAUCAUGUCGCAGUCUAUUCAGUCCGACGUGGAAGCAUUAAUCAACCGAUGGGAAAAUUUAAAUAAAUUGGCCGGGGAACGGGCCAAGCUGUUGGAAGGAUCGGUGAGGCAAGCGCAACUCUCGGAAGGACGCAUUCUAGCUCUUCAGCACUCCUUAACGCAAGUAGACUCCGUACUAACUGCACGUCUUGUCUGCGAUCUGACUGCCGAUGACUUACCACACGAGUACCAGAAACUCGUCGAGGAGAUGGAAAACCAGCAAGCCACGCUUCACGAAAUGUCCGCCCAAAUUGAAGCUUACAAAGCCUCCGGGAAACACGAAGCUGCGGCGAGACUGCAAGAGCAGAUGUCUCUUAUCGAGCAGAAGUUCUCCGAAGUACAAAGGAAGUUCCAACGUUUUCGUUGUCCAACUAAUUUGGAACCCAGAUUGUCAAGGGCUCUCAGGGAGCUUAGAAGUAUCGAAGAAGCCACUUGCUUGUUAGAGUUGGCGUCGGAAGAUCCGGAAACGAUAGAAGGGCAACUGAAGCAUUGCCUUCGCUCUUACCAAACACUUAGUGAAAUCAAAAGUGAGAUCGAAAGCAUCAUAGUUACUGGGAGAAAAUUGGUCGAGGAUAAGAACGUUCCAGAUCCGAAGAAGUUUUCCAAGAAAAUCGACACGUUGAAAGACUUGUAUAACAAGCUUGGUUUGCAGAUAACCGAAUCUAAGGCGAUAUUGGAGUCAGCGUUGGAUUUGUCGCGAGACAUGUACAAGCACAUGACGUACAUCAACAUGUCCGUUGAAAGUAUCAACAAGGAACUGGAUACGCAAAGAAAUAUGCCUGAUUUACCUAUUAACGCGAUAUAUGUCACAGAAACUUUAACCGAAGUUAUCCCGAGAUUAAACGUCGUGAAGGACAAGCUAUUCAGAUCACAAGAGGAGUUCUCGAAACUUUGCGAUCCCGUUUGUUUAGCCCAACUUCGGGAUAAAUUAUCAGACAUUAUAGCGAGAUUGUCGAGUACUGAAAAAAGACUAAGAGGUUGCAGCGGGUCGGAGGACGAACCCAACGUCGAUGAAAUAAACGCGUGGCUGCAGCAGACAGAAGAGAAAUUAAAUAAGUUGGACGCGGUACCUGUGGACCAGCUCAAUGAACAGCAUCUUGAGCAAUGCAAGGUUAUACAAAGUGAGAUGAUAAAAACGAAAUCGAAAGUCACGCAAUUGCAGCGCUGUUCCUACCCGAAAGUAACCGAAAUAUGUCAGAAGUGGGAAAACAUCUCGCGUAGGAUCCAAGAAUGGAUCCACAAGAUAACUGACAAUUUAUUCGUAAAAGCUAAGCCGGUCGAUACUAAGGGGAGAGACAAUAGGUACCCGGAACAAGCUCCAAAUUUUGCAGUUAAAAAUGGCAAUAGGCUAGUAGACGAGGACGAAGAGGCAUACGGUAUAGGAUAUCUCAAUCCUGCAUUCGACGACAAUCGAUGCGCCUCCGCAACCCCGAAAAGCACCCCAAUUGACGUUCCACUUCGUAGUCGGAAAUCCUCCAGCAAAUCGGAAAAGGGCAAGCUUAGGCUCGCCGACGUUAGCAGGACCGUUAGACGCAAAUUAGACAUGAGCUCCGUCCCCGACGUAGUUAAGACCUCUCAGCCUCCAGUUGUUCGCUCGGAUGACGAAUCGUCGCCUUCUUCUUGUUCCGAAAAGGACGGCCGGGUCGGCGACGACGAGGAGGAGUUCUUCCUCUCGAAGAACAGUUCGCUGUUUUCUCAAGUCUCGGCGAAUACCCUGACGGCCACUGGCGAUAGACCCAUCCAAGACGUCAACGUGCAGCCGAAUCCUUUCCACAUCGUCGAGGUCAAGGAAAGGGAGAUAGUCAAGUCGUUCGCGUCCUCCGAGGAACGCGUCGUCCUCUCCAGCGCGAACGUUCGCGUAGGACAAGUUCCUCAGGUGGUAGAAAGAGUAGAGAUCAUGGAAGAUACAGAGACCGAGCCAGAAUCCGUGGACACGGACUCCGAGGACAAGGAGUACCGGAACAAGAUGGUCGGGGUUCACCAGGGAAGUCCGGCGAUCAGGAGGAAGGAGCUGGUCCCCAUCCUGAAGAAGAAGCGACUCGCGGAUCAGCCGAUCCCGAAAGCUGGAAGGAAAUUAACCAUCCAGUUGAAUACCGGGAACGACCGAGCCGACCUUGCCGAGCUUCUGGACGAGGCGUUGAAGUCUCCCCCAAAGAGCCUGGUACCGGGAUUCAAGGUCGCCAAGAGGGUCACCCCGACGCCACCUCCGACUCCUCAGGACCUUGCUUCGAUUAGUUUAAAAAUUACGGAUCAAGUUAACAGGACCGAGAAGACCAUGGUCACUGCUCUGAAGGAUCCAGAGAGCGUUGCGGAGUAUCUCAUCCUGGAAGAGGACAAACCCCGAGUCGAGUCCAGCGAAGUUGGUGCAACAAUGAACCUGGAAGUCAGGUCUUGCAAUGGCGCCAGGAAGAAGGUCCACGAUAAGUCUGCGAAUGUCAAAGAGGUUACCUCCAAGCGGGAGGUGGAGCUCUCCAAGACACAUGAGAUAAUUGGAAACGUUAGUGCGAACGAUGCUAGGCAGCCCAGGAAGUCGCCUUUAACGAAAGUUAAGAGAAUUGUCUCUUCGGAUGAUACGCUGGAAGACUGCGAGAGCUUUUAUGGGAGUGAUAAGGAGACGGACGAUGUACUCAUUUUCUCGGACGAUACCGAGAUCGACGUUGGUAGUUCCAGUUCGGAAGGGGAAGACGCUAGCUUAGGGGAACAUGUUGAACACCUCUUGGACAAGAUAAGGAUCGAUAAGUUACCACAAGCCGGCUCAUAUAAGACGGAUGCCAAGAUGUCUCCAGAUAAGAGAUCACUUCGUAGCCCUACGAGCCCAUCCAGAGCUGGACUGGAAAGAGAUAUUAUAGAGUUCGAACAAGCGGCUCAAUUGAUGUUGCGUAGAAUGGACGUGAUGUUAAUGACUAUCGGAGGAGUAACUAAUGAGAAAGAUCCUUGCAAAAGACUGGAGAUCCUCAAGAGUGAACUGAGCUGUCUUGCUCCGGAUGCUGCCACCUUGAUAAGCAAAGGAGACGGCUUGGUCAUGACUGUUCACAUGACCGAUCCUACAAGAGCCGAGAAAAUCAAGAACGAGCACCAGGAUAAGCUUCGCAGCAAGUGGCAUCAAGUCAUGUCCGAAACCGAAGCUCGGCGUAUACAAGCUCAAAAAGCCGAGGAGGCUUUGAAACAAUACAAUAAAUUUGUCUCCGAGUUCGAGAACUGGUUCGAGGAGGCACCAUUAAAACUCGAGCAAGCAAACAAUUACGAGGGACAGCUCGAACAGUUCACCGAAGAAUUCGAUCGGAUGCAAGACGAGAUUCAACGACUCAACGAACUCAGCGUGGAAUUGAAAAAAAUGAAUGUAGGCUAUUCCGAAACGCAGAGGUACAACAUUAACAGCAGAUGGCAGGAGAUCAGCUCUCAGUUUAAAAGAUACAGUGGCAGUAAGGACAAGGACAAACACGUCGCCGACAAAAAAGUGGAGUUGGGAGUUGGAGUCAGUACCGAAGACUUUAUCACGAGGACCACCAAAUUGCGAGAAGCAUUGUCCACCGUAUCGAGAUCUUUGAACUCGUCGCCAUUGAACGGCAAAGACUAUGAAUCGUUCCUGAGUCAAGAGGAAUGCUUGAAGAAGAUUAAAAACGCGUUAAACAUAUUGAAACCUAGCGUCGAGGAGGUCAAUUACUUGUGCGAAGGCGUCAGUAGACAAUCGAAGAAAGAGUACGGAGAGCAAGUAGGACGCUUGGCGGAAAAGCUUCAAGAUGAAUGGAUCGGUAUCAAUCGUCAUUACACGGAAAGAUACGACCGUUGGACCCAGUGUUUCGAUCGAUGGAAAGACUUGAAUAAUUCUUGUCAGACUCUUAACGAAUGGUUGGCCAAGUCGGAGGAUCUGUUAAGAAAAGUUAAUCACGGUGGCCAGACCAAGGCAUCCAAGAUAAGAAUGGCCGAAUUGGAGCAAGAAAUCUCCAGGAUUCAGCCCACGGUUAACAAUAUACUUUCUUUAAGCUCCGGUAUCUUCAGUCAGUCUUCACCAGACGAUGUUCCAGAAUUGCGAAAUAGAGUAGAAGUUUUAAGCAGACGGUGGCCGAACUUCAUUUGUGCCUUCGACGCACGAAAAGAAAAAAACCUCGCAAUGGAAAAUACGAUGAACGAUGGAAGAAUCUUGGAAGCUGCUUAUAAUAUAUUGGAGCAAGUGAACACGUUGCUCGUCUCGACUGCCAACCCAUCCGAUGACACUUCUCUGUCCAUUCGAUUGUCAUUAAUCAAGGCAAGGGAGGAGGAACUCGUAUCUCGAAGGAAAGCUGUGGAUAACCGCAAAAACCAGUGCGGUUUAUCUCGAGAGGAAGACGAAUAUACGAAGAUCAUAAGUGAUAUGGAUAAGGUGAAGGCGAAUCUUUCUGCCCACCGUGAAUACGUAGAGAAUAAACUUACAUCCUUGAAGAAAUAUAUACAUAGUUUGGACGCCAUAAUGGCAUGGGUUAUGGAAACACGUACCAGGCUUAAUAUUUCUCGUGAAUUACCUCAACAAGAGCGUACCAAGGUCAUCGACAAUAUAAUGGCUAGUGUUAUGGAUCGCGAGAUGGAGGUGAAAGAUGUUUUGGAAAAUUACACCAAUUUAGAAAAGGAAUGCGAGUCGGCGAAGCAACCAGUCUCUGUUGAACUUCAAGAAAAGUUGAAGAAACUUCGUGAGGACUGGCAGUUUGUGAAGAAUCGCGGAGAUCCAUUGGAAGCCGAAACGUCUGCAAUCGCAGGUUCUGCAACACCCCUUCGACAAAAAGAAGCGGAAAGAAGUGCAGGCGCGGCUGCGGGGGCGGGUGCAGCUGCAGGGGGCAGUGCUCGGGGGUUGUCUGCCUCACCUGCCCCCUCGACCCCCGUGGUAACUAGUCCUUCGAGCUCCUCGACGGUUUCGACCUCGUCUUCGCCGUUGCCCUCGACCACCCCCUCGACCACCCCAUCGGCCCUCGUCGCCGGCGUCGAUAAAUCAGUGCUUCAGAUUCGAGACUGGCUUACGGUCGAAGAAGAGAUGCUGCGACAACAGGCAGUCGUCGUCGGCGACGUCGAGGAAAUCAUCCAUCUCCUCGACAAGCAGAAGAAUGUCUUGCGCGAAUUGGAGCAGAAGAAGCCGCAGCUGGACGAGUUGGUGCACACCGCGGAGAAUCUCAAAGCUGACACCAAUCGUCAACAACUUCACGGCAAGGUUACCAAGCUGAGGGAGCACUGGGACGAGACGAACUCGAAAGUGAUGCAAAGGAAGACGGAGCUCGACGCCAUGUUAGGCGACAGCCAGAGAUACGAAGCCAAGAGGAACGAAGUGGAGUUGUGGUUGGCAAGAAUGGAGACUCGGCUUGAAAGAAUGAGAUCCGUUGGCCACACUGCCGAUGUUCUCGAGGCGCAACUUCGAGAGCAAAAGUCAUUCCACGCCGAAUUGCAUCAAUACAAGUAUCAUAUCGAGCUGUUCAAUCAACUCACUCAGAAGCUGAUCGCGGUUUAUCUUCAGGACGACACAACUCGCGUGAAGAAGAUGACCGAGACCAGUAAUCAGAGAUACAACAACCUAAACACCAGUAUCAUCAAUCGGGGGAAACUGUUACACUCGGCGAUGAACUCCCUCCACAACUUCGACCGGUCCCUGGACAAGUUCUUGGCGUGGCUGAGCGAGGCCGAGUCCUCGAUGGAGGGAUUGGAGGCGGAAGCCGAUCGGCUGGGUGGACGACGGGACCAGGGUGCACUCAGACGUCCUCAACAUCAGCUUAAGGACCUCCAGUCGGAGAUCGAGACCCACCGGGACGUGUACGCUUCCCUGAACGGAACAGGACGAAAAUUACUGAGCUCCUUGGCUAGCCAGGAUGACGCCGUCAUGCUGCAGCGUCGUCUGGACGAGAUGAACCAGAGAUGGCAUCACCUCAAGGCGAAGAGCAUGGCCAUAAGGAACAGACUGGAGAGCAACGCCGAACACUGGAACGCCCUCUUGCUGUCGCUCAGGGAACUCAUCGAAUGGGUUAUACGGAAGGACACGGAACUCACCGGAUUGGGACCGGUCUGUGGAGACAUCGCAACCCUCCAGAAACAACAGGAUGAUCAUCGUGGCUUCAGAAGACAACUCGAGGACAAAAGACCAGUCAUCGAGAGCAAUUUACUCAGCGGCCGGCAAUACAUUGCCAACGAACCUCCACUCUCCGACACUUCUGACUCCGAAGCCGGCAGAGAGCUGGACGGCGAUUCUCGCGGCUACAGGAGCGCCGAGGAGCAGGCCAGGGAAUUAACGCGCAGCAUCCGCAGGGAAGUGAACAAGCUCUCCGAACAGUGGAAUGCCCUGAUCGAGCGGAGCGAUGCGUGGAAGCGGAAACUCGACGACACGGCCAACAAAAUGUGCGUCUUCCAAAAAUCUCUCGAGGAUCUUUCUUCGAGGAUGGCCGCAGCCGAGGCCAUCCAGAGCGGUUGGCAAAGUCCGAGCGACGCUUCCGAGGCGACGGAGAUGUUGGAACAGUUGCAAAAGUUCGGUGAACGGCUCGGUCCCAUCCAGAGAAACAUCGAGGAUGCGAACGACCAGGCGAGCGUCUUCGCCUCCAGCAGCGUCAUCGUUUCCCACGCACUUCUGGCGAAGCUCGAAGAUCUCAAUGCUAGGUGGAAGGUGCUACAAGUGGCGGUGGACGAGCGAUACAAAUUGCUGAGCGGAUACGGAAAGGAUGGCAGCACUCCGGGUAGUCAGGCCUUCCUAGCGGGCAGCGUGGAACCGCCUUGGGAACGAGCUUUAACUCCCGCCAAAGUGCCUUACUACAUCAACCACCAGCUGGAGACGACGCACUGGGAUCAUCCGAAGAUGAUAGAGCUGAUGUCCUCGCUGGCAGACCUCAACGAGGUCCGCUUCUCCGCCUACAGGACCGCCAUGAAGCUGCGGACCGUGCAGAAGAGACUCUGCUUGGAUAUGCUGAGCCUCUCUUCUGCGUUGGAGCAGUUCGACUGCCACGGGUUGCGGGCCCAGAACGAUAAGCUCAUCGACAUCCCCGACAUGGUGACGGUGUUGACCUCGUUGUACGAAGUCAUCGCAGCAGAAAACCCGACCCAAGUGUCCGUGCCUCUGUGCAUAGACCUGGCCAUCAAUUGGCUGCUCAACGUAUACGAUAGCCAAAGAACCGGACAGAUUCGAGUUUUAUCGUUCAAAGUAGGCCUCGUCUUGCUGUGCAAAGGCCACCUGGAAGAGAAAUAUAGAUACUUAUUCCGGCUAAUAGCCGAUCCAAACCGACUAGUCGAUCAACGUAAAUUAGGCCUCUUACUGCACGACUGUAUCCAAGUUCCGAGACAACUCGGCGAAGUGGCCGCUUUCGGGGGUUCCAACAUCGAGCCGAGUGUUCGAAGCUGCUUCGAGAAGGCCGGCAAAGAUAAGAACGAGAUAGAGGCCGUGCACUUUUUGAGUUGGCUGCAGCAAGAACCUCAAAGCAUGGUCUGGCUUCCUGUUCUGCACAGGCUGUCGGCUGCAGAAAGUGCCAAACAUCAGGCACGGUGUAACAUUUGCAAGGAAUUCCCAAUCAUUGGUUUUAGAUAUCGCUGUCUCAAGUGCUUCAACUUUGACAUGUGUCAGAAUUGCUUCUUCUCUGGGCGCAAAGCGAAAAAUCAUAAACUGACCCAUCCCAUGCAAGAAUACUGCACGGCGACCACAUCGGGCGAAGACGUGAGAGAUUUCACCCGAGCGCUGCGAAACAAGUUCAAGUCGAAGCGAUACUUCAAGAAGCAUCCUAGGGUCGGUUAUCUGCCGGUUCAGACCGUUCUCGAGGGUGACGCUCUGGAGAGCCCAGCUCCGUCUCCGCAGCACAGCUCUCUCAGUCAAGACAUGCAUUCUCGACUGGAGAUGUACGCAACGCGGUUGGCCGAGGUCGAGCUUUCCCGCACGCGCAGCAACUCCACCCCCGACAGCGACGACGAGCACCAGCUGAUCGCGCAUUACUGCCAUAGCCUGAACGGCGGCGACAACGUCAACGUGCCGAGGAGUCCCGUCCAAGUUAUGGCCGCCAUCGACGCGGAGCAGAGAGAGGAGCUGCAGGCGAUGAUCAGGGAGCUGGAGGAGGAGAACGCCACCCUGCAGGCCGAAUACGAAAGGCUACGUUCGACCCAAACCCCCGGAUCGACCCCCGAAGACGGCCACGGCACGAGGCAGCCGGAUUGCGACAUGAUCGCGGAAGCUAAACUGCUUCGACAGCACAAGGGGAGACUGGAGGCACGCAUGCAGAUCCUGGAGGACCAUAAUCGUCAACUGGAGGCGCAGCUACAGAGGCUGCGACAGCUCUUGGACGAGCCGAAUGCAUCCUCGCCGUCCAAGACCGGCACUCUGCAAAUGAGAAGCGUGACUGCCUCGCAAUUAGCCACCGAUUCUCCGGCGAAAAUGAAUGGCCAUUACCACGACUCUCCGGGUGGUGGAGGCCCUGGUGAAGGCAGAGUCAGCAGCUUAGAGAGGCCCCCACCGCCGCCUCAUUCCCACAGCGUAGCCCAUAACGUGGGUAACCUCUUGCAUAUGGCAGAAGACUUGGGAAAGGCUGUCGGGGAUUUGGUGACGGUCAUGACGGAAGACUCGUCGAAAUCGAACGGGCAGAGAGCCCCUCCACCAGCUUUUAAGUAAAGGAAGUAAAGGAUCCACGAUUCAACCGCGAUCGCUCCAGCAUAUCACAUUUGCGUUUUCUGGCGUGAUCGCUUCCACGAAAUUACAGGAAGACCCAACCGAGAGGAUCGCGCGUCGCAAACCUUAACGAUAAUCCGACGACCAGGAAAGGAGCUAGGCUCCAUCGCAUAUCAGAGACGAAUCCACGGUUUUUUAACUGCCGUGCAACAUGCAGGGUCAGGGGAGCUACACGGUGGUUUUGGGUAUUUUAUAAGUUUUGAUAUGCGCCAUUGUAUAGCUGAAUUAUAUCAUUAAGGCAGUUACUGUUUGGCUUCGAUGGUCCCCUGAGAGCGACUUUACCCUACAUAUUGACUCAUCAUAUCAUGGAAUCUUAUCGUACGAAGAAUCGACUUUAUGCUUGCUAGCUAAACUAUACAGAAGAUAUAACUAUUAUAAAUACGUAUAAGGAAAAAGUAAUAUCAUUAAUGCAUGCAAGGCAAUGUAUCAAAUCGCGUAUUCUCUAGAGCGUAGGCCGUAAUCUACACGCCCAUUCGGUUCACUGCCACUGGCACGACUCCUUAAGGGGAUGUGAAAGUGGCACGUAAGGAGACGAUCGUUUAUGAAACUUUCCUCCGAACUGAGGGUACCGAAUCUAUUCAAUCUCUACAGCGUGAACGUGGAGGCUCGAGGAAAGGUCCUGACUCCCAUGAAAUUUCAAUUUGUUUUAAAGCUUGUUCGCGGAUAUUCUUUUAUAAAAAACGAAAUUUCACGAGUGUCAGAACUUUCCUUACAGCCCCCAUAUUCAUGUUGUAAAGUGUGAAACGAUUUGAUAUUCCCAAUUCGGUCAACAGUUUCAUAAACGGGACCUCUUUGGCGCCACUUUCGCAUUCCCUUAACGCGAUUCACUUGAUACCUGAGUUAUGAGUUCGGCCGGCGCGAGUCGUCCGCGUUCAUGCGAAAUCACCAUAUCGAAUGCUGCUCCUACACGCCCAAGGGUUUCCAAGAUCCACCUUCGGGGAAAUGAAGUCGAACCUUUUAUCGACGGAUGACGAAGCAGGGACCGACACUCGGGUGUCGUACGGAAACUUCGACUUCAUUUCUUCAAUGAGCGUCGCAUUUUUCGUAUUUUUUUACCAAGUUAAGAGAGGCGAAUUCUGUCUUAUUUAAGUCCGCCGGAUGUUACGUGUAUUUAAAGAUAUACCUAAGUGAAACCUACAUCUAAUUUACAAACUGUUAUAGGCUGUAUUCUGACAUAACCUGUAAUAAAGUUGUCUAGAAAAAAA